CCUUGAAUCAAAGGUAGCACGUGUUCAAGUGCUUAAGUCCAAUAUCUAUACCGACUCGCCGAAAAACAGGCUAAGGAAAUGCUUGUUGACAGUUGCUAUGGUAACAGACGCCACUGUCGUGUCGUGUCGUGUCAUGACAUGACAUGGCGGAAGCUGUUAUUGUAAAUAUUUUCUUUUUCAAUUUCAAUCGCGUGACAAAGUGUUUUCUAAUCGACCGUUCCUAACAGGUUAGCUCCUCACUACCGAGUGCGUAACACUUUGCAGCACCAAACCUGUCAUUGAAGGAGCUAUGGAUCUGGUGGACAAUCUCAUCGAAGACGACGCCGAGAGAGAGCGUCUGCUUUCCAAACCGACUUGCUUCCUUGUGGUUGGAAGGCCGGGCGUCGGCAAAUCCACCCUGGCCAAAAACAUUGCAGACACCUGGGGCUGCGUUUUAAUCGACGACACCGAGGUCCUGGACUCCCACAUCGGAAGUCAAACGGAGGAUGGUGUUAAGCUCCUGGAUAUCUUAAAUGCGGGCAAAAGCGUCCCGGAAGACAUGGUUCUUGGCCUCAUACUGGACAUGUUGAGCUCCACUAAAGUGGAGCAUUACGGCUACGUGUUGAGCUGCCUGCCGUUCAUGUCGGAAGAGGGCGUCGGCGUGGAGGAGCAGAUGGAAACCAUCAGGAAGCUCAAGCUCAAGCCGGACUUCGUCAUCAACAUCAAGUGUGCCGACAAGGACCUGGUCCAGAGGCUGUCCAGUCAGAAGCAGCACCCCAUGACGGGCCUUCUCUACAAUCAAGAUCAAUGGAAAGUGGACAAUGAGUUCCACGUCACGGGAUUCAUAGAAGAGGAAGGGGCGGAGGAGGAGGAUAAGGAAGACUCGCAGGAUGCGGAUGAAGAGGAAGAAGAGCAAAGCGCGCCCAGGUGCACCAUUGACCAGCUGGUGUGGAUCCCCGAACGCCAGGCCAGAAACACUUCUUUUCGAAUCAACACGUACAAGGAGAACAUCCUCAGGCCGCUGGAGGACUACAUGAUGGACCACAACCCCAUUUACCUGUUGGAAGUGGACGGAAGCGAGACCCCGGACGAGUUGCUCUUGUUUGUCCUGUCCCGUCUGGGAUCCAUGGCCAUCCAGCGCGUGUCCAUUCCGGUGGUCCUCCAUCAGGACGAAGAGCUGCCCGAAGACAUCGAAACGGAGGACCUCCUGAGGUUCAUGUCCUCCUCCAGGAUGCUGGUGCCGGGCUUCCGCUGGAGGAGGAGCCGCUGGGGGCGAAGUUGUCCGGUGGCCCUGAAGGAAGGACGGCUCGUCCCCGGAAAACCCGAAUUCUCCGUUGGCUUCCGGGACAAAAUGUACAUCCUUUCAUCGCAAGAAGCCUACGACAAGUUUGUCAGCAACCCCAGGCGCUACCUCCUCCCGCCCAUGCCCAGCCCGCCCUGCAGGGUGUGCAUCAUCGGAACGGCGGCGUCGGGGAGGCCCGAGCUCUCCGUCCUGAUGGGCGCCAGGCACAACGUGUCCGUGCUGGAGCUGGAGAAACUGGCCGAGCCCCUGCUGGCCGAACUGGAGACGGAGUGGCUGGCUAAAGUCAAAGAGGACAGCGUGCAGGCCGCCAUGGAGAAAAUCAGGACCAAGCAGCAGAACGAGCAGAGCUCCGAUGGAACCCCGGCCGUGGAAGUGACCGAGAGCCAUCCCGAAGUGGUGGCCCUGGUGCAAACGGCUCUGGAAGAGGCCAAAAAACAGGACGCCGCCAAGGAAAUCUACGCUCAAGCUCUGAUGAAGGUCGUCAAGGAAAACGAGGCUUGCCACCAAGGCGCCGACGUGGGCAACGGCUGGGUGCUGGACAACUUUCCCAGGAACGCCUCGCAGUUGGAGGCUUUACAGCGCGCUGGGAUCCAUCCCGAUUUCCUCUUCUGCCUCAUGCACACCGAGGGCACUUUGCCAGAUCAGGGCGGCGCUCCGCAGACAGAGAGCGGCGAAGAUAAGGCCGAGCCCAAAGCGGAGAAGGAUCAGUUCACCAGACAAUGGGAAGCCCUGCAGCUCUCGCUCAGCAUCAGCCACUCGGUGCUGCAGACGGGCGGCAGGCGCCCCGAGGAACUUCUGGAUGAGAUUGUCCAGCUGAUGGAGAAGCCCUUCAAGUAUUUGCCCAGAGAGUUCUCCGCCGUCGACUUGGACGAGGAAGCGGAAGAUAUCGAAGCCAUCGCAAAUCUGGAAGUGGACGACGACGACGACGACUCCGCCAAGGACACGGCCGAGGAAGAGGAGGAACAGGAGGAGGAGGGGGACGACUCAGAAUCGCCGUCCGACGCCACUUCCAAGAGGGCUUUCGGCGACACCUUCAUCUUCUGCCCGGUGGUGCUGAAGAAGCACAACGCGCUUGUGCCCAGCACCGACGAGGUAUCGGCCAAGUAUCGUGAAAAGGUCUACUACUUCUCCAACGUGGACGCCAGGGAGGUCUUCAUGCUCUCUCCCGAGCAGUUUGUAGGCCGAAGCCAGCUUGUCAAGCCUCCCGCCCUGCGCAUCUUUGUGCUGGGAUGCCGCGGCUCGGGCAAGACCACGCAAGGCGAGUGGCUGGCCGAGCAGCUGGGCCUCUUCCACAUUCAGUUCAGGGAACAUCUGCAAAGGCUUCUGGCGCCAAAGAUCAAGCAGCGGGUCAACCCCGCCGACGAGUCCACCGAGGAGCAUCUCAAGGCCUUGAAGACGACCAUCGAGGACGCUCGAGGCGAGGAGCCCCCCGAGGAGGACGCGGGGCUGACCGAUGAGGAAAUCGGCAUCAAAGCCUACUUGGCCGAUGACGUUCCGUUGAGUUCGCAGGUCCUGGAGGAGAUCGUCAACCCGUACUGGAAAAAGGAGCCUUACUUGUCCACGGGUUUCAUCCUGGAGGAUUUCCCACACAACACCGAGGAGGUGCAGCACAUGAUGCAGCAUCAUCUUUAUCCCGACGCCGUGGUCACCUUGAUGGCAGACGUGGAGGACAUCCAGGCGCGCCUCUUGCCCAAAUUCUGGAGCAGGUGGCGAGCUCACUGCCAGCGGCGCGAAGCUUUGCUCGACGACCUCCGCGAAAUACACACCAAGGCCCGGGAGGAGAACAUUACCAAGAGGAGGGCGGAGCUCAUGGAGGAGAAAGCCGCCUCUUCCACGGCCAAAUUUAGUUGCCGGGCGGAAGACGAGGACGACGAAGACUCUGCCAACAUCGAGGACGAGAUCGAGGCCAUUUUGGAGGAGGAGUACCCGGUGGAAAGGUACGACGAGUUCAAGGACGACGACGAAGCCGAGGAGGCCACCACCGAGAGGCUCAACACGGAAAUUGAAGAGCGUUACGUGGCCGACUCAAACAACAUGGCCAUCGUGCUGGAGGUUCUGAGCGAACUGAAAAUUCCCCGGAUAUCCAUCAACGCCUCCCGCAAGACGCCCGUCGUCCGGCGCCAGCUGCUCCUGAAAGUGGAGCCGCUGCAGCUCAACCGCGAGUCGCUCUUCCAAAAAUGCCAGGCCGUCUCGUACAGUCUGGCACAGCUGCUCCUGCUUUACUCGUACAAGUUCCACAGCGCCUUUGGCUGCACCGACCCCGUCAAGCGGUACGGCGAAAAAGAGCUGAUCCAGCCCGUGCUGUGGCCUCUGGAAACGCCCUUUCCCGUGCUCUUCAACCAAUACAUCUACUUCUUCGGCUCCAAGAAGAACCAGCAAACGUUCAUGCUCAACCCCUUAAAGUACCUCAGGCAGUCAAAGCCCUACCCGAUGCUCUCUGUCAAAAUGGCCGUCGUCGGACCUCCCAAAUCGGGCAAAACCGGUGGCGAGUGCCUAAAUUGCUCCUUGCUUCCUUUUUUUGGUCUUAACUUUGGCACAAUUCCUUCUGUUUUUCAUCUGGCGUUCCACAGCGGUCCCUCAACUUUUCAUUGUAUUUGCACAUUUGUCUACGCAGUGGCCUCUAUGUUUGCGCAGAGAUACGGUCUGGACCUGUUGUCCAUCGGUGGCGUCAUGCGCCGCAUUCUUGAGGAGCAGGAGCACAGCGACCUGGCGGUGCAGAUGAAGCUGCAUCUCAACCGGGGCCUGGUGGUGCCUGAUGAACUGGCCAUCCAGUGCCUGAAGAAGGUGCUCAUGAGCUUGGUCUGCAGUACGCAAGGGUACGUGCUGGACGGCUUUCCCAUGACCAUGAAGCAAGCGGAACUGAUGCAGGCCAACAGCAUCAUCCCCAUGAUGGUGGUGGAGAUGGAGCUGGAUACGGUGGAGGUGCUCAAGCGAGGCCUGGCCAGCAAGAUGGAGGAGAACAAGCCUCACCUGAUGCACGACAGCGCCGAGAUCCUCCACAUUCGCAACACGUGCUACCGGCGGGAAGCCGAGCUGACGAGCCGCCACUUCCGCCGGCAGUACGACAACUGGAUCCCGACGGACGGCCUCAAAUGCAAGUGGUACAUCUGGGAGCGCCUGAUCAAGGAGAUUAGCGUCAGCAUGGAGCACGUCCACACCUACCUGAGGAGAACCAGAAGCGGUCAAGCGGGCUGCAUCAACAGGCAAUGCGUCACGCCGCAAGAGUUUCAGCGCCGGAUCGGAGAGUUUGCCCACUACUGCCCGGUGUGCCUGGCUCUGCGGGACCACCUGGUGGACUGCUCAGAAACUCCAUCGCUCACAUACGCCGCCGAAUACAACCGGCGAUAUUUCAAGAUGUGCGACGCCGAGCAUUUGGAGAUCUUCCUGGCCAGUCCGGAUGAAUUUGUCAGCCCCCGCUGCCCGCGGCCCCUUCCGCAAGCGGACCGGCUUCCGAGGAAGCUAACGGAGGCGGAGGUGAAGAACAGAUUCCCUCAGCAAAUUGAGAUGAAAGGCUUCUGCCCCGUCACCUAUCUGGACGGCAAACUGAGGUACGAAGCCCUGGUGCACGGCAGCUUGGAAUUUGCGCUGGAAUACCGAGAGCGGCUCUACACUUGUGAGACCAAGGAGAAGCAGUACAAGUUUUUGAGCGCUCCGGAACUCUACUGGGACCUCAAGCUGCCCAGUAAGGUUCCCCCUCUUUGCGAGCCCAUCCCACUCACCUCCCUGCCCACGCUGGGCUACCUGGAGCAGGGUGUGGCGGUGGGGGUCAUCAAGGCCAUGACGGCGGUGGGGUGCCUGAAGCCCAAGUUUCCCUUCUUCAGUAUGGAACGCUCGGCUCUCCACUACCUGGCCUUCUACAUGAAAGCAUUCAACCACAGAAGCACGGAACACAUUCGGCAGAUGUACAAGAAGAAGUUGGCCUGCUUUGAGGAGAACUGCGAGCUCAUUCCCUACCUGAGCUCGGUGAUGAGAGCCAACUACAAGCUCCCCAGCGAACGGCCCGUGGACUUUGACUUGAAGCUGAAAAAGUUUCUGGCCUUGAGACUGGCGGCCCAGAGCCAAGCGCCGUCUGCAAAUCCAGCCUUGUGAUUGAUCAAUGUGCUUAUGAACACAAGAAUAAAGGAAAUCGACACAUGCACCUA